AUAUUCAUUGCAAUGGUGGUUUCCUUUGCUGGAAAUCUGGACAACCUGAUCUCAUAUGUUUCUUUCGCACAAUGGUCUCAGCGAGCAUGCACUAUGGGUGCAUUGAUCUGGAUUCGUUUCAGACACUGGCCAGUUCAUCCAGAGAAAAUACGAAUGCCCAUUAUCAUGCCAGUCUUCUUCUGUCUCGUCUGCACAACAUUGGUAGUUGUUACAAUCAUCGACAACUUCUCCUCGGCUGUUGUAGGACUGGGUGAGUUUUGA